GGGACCCAACCAAAUGAUUAAUGGAGAUCUUACAAGCAAUUCGAACAUGCUCUUGCUGGACAAGAAAAAAGACCAUUGAUGCAUGUCUCAAAUGUAAUCAGAAUUCAGCUGAAACUUUUGGAGAGGUGAUUGGUGGGAACAUGGAACAGCACUAGGGUGUAACAAGACAGGAGAAUGCUGUACAAAGGGACUCUUGUGCAAGUAACGUCGUCAAACUUCCUGCCAUUGCUGCUGGGUAGUGCAGGCCUUAUCAUUUUAUACAGGCUACUGCAGCAGAUGAAAGAGAAAGCUUGCAUUCAGGAUGCUGUGGUGGUCAUAACAGGAGCAAGUUCUGGCCUUGGUAAAGAUUGUGCAAGAGUCUUUCAUGCAGCAGGUGCAAAGCUGGUAUUAUGUGGCCGGGACAGGGAGAAGCUGGACGGACUCGCAAAGGAACUGACAGAAAUGGCAAAUGGCAAGAGAAAAACAUACACACCUCAUGUGGUGACCUUUGAUCUAGCAGAUGUGGACUCGGUGAGCAGCAGUGCAGAAAAGAUUCUUAAUUGUUACGGCCAGGUGGAUGUACUGAUAAAUAACGCAGGCAUCAGUUACCGUGGAAACAUCCUGGAAACUGCUGUUAGUGUUGAUAAAGAUGUAAUGAAUGUCAACUAUUUUGGACCAGUGGCUUUAACAAAAGCCAUCCUACCUUCUAUGGUGCAAAGAAAAAUGGGACAUAUCGUGGUAAUUAGCAGUGUCCAAGGGAAAAUAGCAAUUCCAUUUCGAUCUGCAUAUGCAGCAUCCAAACAUGCCACUCAAGCCUUUUUUGACUGCCUGCGUGCCGAAAUGGAGCAAUACCAAAUUCAUGUGUCCGUAAUCAGCCCAGGAUAUAUCCACACUAAUCUUUCCCUGAAUGCAGUCACUGGCAAUGGAUCCAAAUAUGGUGUGAUGGACAAGAGUACAGCAGGGGGUUACGAACCUCGUGUUGUUGCUGAAGCUGUACUCACAGCAGUUUGCAGGAAGAAGAAGGAUGUCCUGGUAGCUGGGUUACUCCCCACUAUUGCAAUUUACUUGCGAGCAUUGGUUCCAAGCCUUUUCUUUCCUAUCAUGGCAGCAAGAGCUAAAAAGGAGCGCAAGGUGAAGGAUGAUUAAUCACAUCUAGGGCUCCAUUUUCCACAAAUUGGUUGAGAAACUAAAUGGUGCUUGCUUGUGCCCAGUGAUGUCUCUAUCACUGCAUCCAGGUCUGCUUUGAUGGUUUUUCCAGGUUUCUGGGACAAGCUUUACAGAUUGCACUGAAACUAGCAUAAAUUCAGUGAAAUGAAUACGGGUUGAGCAUCCCUUAUCCGAAAUGCUUGGGGCUGGAAGUGUUUUGGAUUUCGGACUUCAGAAUAUUUGCAUCUAUAUAAUGAGAUACCUUGGGGAUGGGAACCCAAAUCUAAACACAAAAUCAGUUUAUAUUACAUAUACAGUUCAUACCUAUACCCUGAAGGUAGUUUUAUAUAUUUUAAUAAAUUUGUGCAUGAAACAAUGUGCACAUUGUACCAUCAGGAAGACAAGCCAUCACUACCUCGGCCGUCCAUGUGGACAGUCAGUGACUGUUCGGCAUUGCCAUCAUUCCUGACUGAAUUUAUGUGCUACUGGUAAAUAUUCUUUGUCUUGUACUUGUUCAUCACACAAAUUUACUGAUGCAGCCAUUCAGCGUGUGCUAGAUUUUCAUCAAUGAUGAUCCUAGCAAACUCAUCAAUUAAUUUCUCAAUUGCUUUGUGAUCAGCAAACACUAUCAAUACAAAUCUUUAAAAUUUUUAUGCUAUGCCUUUUCUUAAAUUUUUGGAAUCAGCCUGCUGAAUAUUCACUUUAAGUUACAGUUCAUCAUGAUAGAUCUUUGCUUGUGUCAUGAUCAGCAUACCAUUAACCGGCAUAGGUUUGCAGAGAUGUUGACAAGUCCACUCUUUCAAUACACGAUUGAGAUCUUCAUUUUUUGCUUUAUGCAGUGCUUUUGAUUCUUCAUUAACUGCUCAGAACUGGCUGUAGUGCGGAGUGACCUGCUUUAUCGCCUGGGUACCUUCCCUGGAUCUUGUGGAAUUUUCCAUUUGAGAUGUCAUAUCAGCAUUUUUAAAAAAUUCAGAUUUCAGAGGUUUUUGGGUUUUGUAAUUUCGGAUAAGGGGUGCUCAAACUGUCUUAAUACUUCUGUAUGCAUUUUCCUCUUCAUUAUUUUGAGAUAAGUUGUGUAGAAGAAGCAAGGAAGAGGGAGAAUAUUGUUACUGUAACUGUCAAACAGAGGGGUGCUCAACCUGUAUCAUGCGACUUUAAACAGAACCAGUAUACUUAUAGAAGAAAUCAAAUGUAUGGCAUUGCAUUCACAAUCUGCAACCUGAGUAUCAGUGCAAAGUCUAAAGCUCUUUGCACCUGAGCUAAACCUUGUCUAUGUUUUGGGUGAAGCUGCUUGGGUGAGCCAGCCCUUCUAGUGACUUUCACUUCAGUAUCUGAAUUUUGAAACAUGCUUUGGCUAUUAUUGCGAUAAUUGCAACAUCAGUGCAAGUGAAACAAAUGGAUAAAAAUUAGAUUUUUGUUAAAGGGCAUUGAUCUGCGGCUUUUAUUUAUGCCAAGUGCAUGGGCAGAACAUGGAAAUCAGCCCAUCCUGUCUAUGUUGACCCAGUUGUCCACUUGAGAAUACCCCAUUUCUCCAUUAACUAAAGGUAAAUGAGAAAGUUUGGCUCAGCUUGUAUCUAUCACUAAUUAUGUCAUCAUAUACAGGUAAAACCCAAGCUGAAAGGAACUGUUGAUCUUAAGAGUAUUGUUUUCUCUUUCUCAACCCCUACACUCUUUCUCCCCCCCCCCAUUCAUCGUGCUUCUGUCUCUCCCUAGUUCCACCAUAUUGUUAAAGUCAAAGAGGAACUCAGCACACAUAACUGCCCUUCAGCCCAACGAGUCCACACCAACAGAAUUCACCCAGCUGGUUUGGCCAAUGUCCCUCUAAGUCUUUCAUUUCUAUGUACUGAUCCAAGUGCUUAUAUCAUUAUAUCUGCCUCAACUACUUCUGGCAGCUCAUUCCAUGUACUCAACUGUAUGAAAAAAUUGCCCUUCAGUCCCAUAGUUUUGUUCUCACCACCCUACCUGUGAUGUUGCUUUUAGCAAACUGCACUCGUACUAGACACAGAGAAAAUCUGCAGAUACUGGAAAUGCAAAGCAACACAUAAAAAAUGCUGUUGGAACACAGCAGGCCAGGCAGCAACUAUGGUA